AUGGAGGAAGGCUCGCCUGGAGUUUUUCUUAAGGAUUACAGGGUACCCAAGCGAAGUCGUGCAACGGAUGUUGGGGGUAUGGAUAGUGAGAUGAUGUUCGUGCCCAACAUGGUUGUGCCGCCAUCUGCAGACAUGGUGCUACCCAAAUGGGCUUCUGGUUAUGAGAGCUUUAGGGAUAACCUCAUGAAUAAGGUAAAUCUGGUUCGAAAUGUUGGAAUUGAUGUUAAUUCCUUAGAGGCAAAAUAUGAGGGUUUGAAUGACGAUGAGGAUGUGACUAUUUCUCGUGGUGAUCGUGGGCAGUGCAUCCAGUUUUCGGAUCGCACCAUGGAUCGUCUCUGCAAACCUUGGCAGAAUGCUCUUAUUAUCAAACUCCUUGGGAGAUCGCAUACCUACAACUAUCUUCAUGCUCGACUUCAACAAAAGUGGAGCCCAAAUGGAGGGUGGAAACUGGUUGAUUUGGUCAAUUAUUACUUUGUGGUUCGUUUUGAGCUUGAGGAGGAUCUUAAUUUCAGGCCUGGGUUUUGUCCUGCAACUGAGAAGAUCACUCGAAUGGCCGCUUGGAUUCGUGUCUCUGCGAUUCAAUUGGAGUGUUUCGAUGUGUGGGCUUUGAAAAGAAUUGGGAAUUUGUUGGGGAAGUUGUUGAAGAUUGAUGCUCUCACUACUUCUCAGAAUCGGGGGAAAUUUGCACGACUUUGUGUAGAGUUGGACUUGUCUCGGCCUCUUGAGGCUUUUGUCCAAAUUAACAAUGUUUGGUAUAAUGUGGAGUAUGAAGGCCUUCUGGACAUUUGUUAUAUGUGUGGUUGUUAUGGUCACAAAAGGGAGCACUGUGAUGUGCCAGAUGCUGCCUCUGUGGAUAAGAUUGGUGAUGGAUCCAAUUUGGGUGAUGAUGGUUUGGUAGGAGGUGAUAUUGUAAUGGGGAAAAAAGGUGUGACUCAGGAAGUUGGAGGCAAGGGAGGUCGAAAUACGGGUUCUAGAUUUGAUGUGUUGAGACAUGUGGGUGAGAAUUUUGGGAUUGAUGGUAGGGCUGAGAGGGGUGAGGCUACUCAAACUUGCACUGAGCAGCUGGGAUCAUCGGUCAGAGAUGCUGGAAAAGGAUCGAAAGUUUGGACCAAGUCUAAGGAUAAUCUUGGUAAAGCUAGAACUGUCUUGAAUGACAUUUCUAAUCUGAAUGUCAAGGAAAAAGGGAAAGUGCAAGCUACUGUUGAUAAGGUGAAGGAGGCUAGCUAUUCUAAAGUUGGACAAUUGGUGAAUAAAAGUAAUUUGGUUUAUGAGGGGAAAAAAGCUAGUGGGAAAAUAUCUUUGACUAACCAGUUGAAUAUUUGGACGAAUGGUCAAGAUGCGUAUUGGGCUACAAGGGUCUAUCACUUUGGCCAUCAACCACCCAACAUAGCCACUAAUUGUGUUGAUACUAAGGAAGAGGUGGAUAUUGAUGUAGAUGUUGAUUCUCUUGCUGUUUCUACUCAGGAGGGCUUGAUUCCAGCAGAGAAAAUGGACCUGGCUGCAAGCCAUGUGGACCCUCCUAAUGGGGUUUCGGCAGAUAGUACCUUCACCAUAGGUUUUCCUUGUUUUGAGAUUGUUGAUCCUAUGGGUUUUUCUGGGGGUUUAUGGCUGCUUUGGGAUGAUUCCAAGGUGAAUGUGGAGAUCAUUGGUACUCAUGAUCAAGCUAUCUCUACGUGUGUUUCUUGGCCUGGGCAGUCUCCUUGGCUAUUUUUAGCUAUCUAUGCUAAGCCCUGUGAGAUUAAAAGGGCUAAACUCUGGGAGUAUCUUAAUUUCGUUGUGAGCUGUCAUGAUAUGCCUUGGCUCUUGGCUGGGGAUUUCAAUUAUUUUCUUCAUUUUGAUGACAAGUUAAGUGGAGUUCCUCGGUGUUGUUUAAGAGGUUUCAAAGCUUGGUUUGAUGAGAAUGAAAUGUGUGAAUUGCACUUCACUGGUCCUAAAUACACUUGCACCAACAAAAGGAUCUUGGAAAGGCUUGAUAGGGUUGUUUGCAAUACUCUUUGGAGACGUGUGUUUGCUGAAGCUUAUAAUUGGUUGGGGUUUUCUGGCUCUGCUUUCGAUAAGUCGUGUGCCUUUGUUGAGCCCCUUAAGAUGUGGAAUAAAAAUGUGUUUGGGCAUUUUAGACAAAAGAAAGCAAGGGUGGUGGCUAGACGAAGGAGAAAUAGAAUUGAGCGGUUAAAGGAUGAUGAAGGGGUUUGGGUGGAGGAUGCUGCACGUAUUAAAGAUCUGGCUGUGGGUUUCUUUUCCAAACUCUUUGCUCCUGUUCAAGCUGCUAUUAAUGUGAGUCUUCCUUGUUUUUUCCCUUCAGUAAUUGAUGGUGAGAUUGCCUCCUUGGUGAAAAUUAUUGAUUUGUUGGAAGUGAAGGAUAGUUUAUUUGGUAUUGGUGGUCUUAAGGCCCUUGGUGUUGAUGGGUUUCCUGCUUGUUUUUAUCAACACUAG